GAGCCCCUGUGCUCUUCGUGGUACCAUGGGUGGUGGUGAGGUACCUCUACGAGAAUGAGGGGUGCUGGGAGAGGAAUGAGAAGGCGGCGGUGUGGUGGAUCAUCCGCUGUCCCAUCCUGAUGGCCGUGGCGGUGAACUUCGUGGUGUUCGUGCGCAUCGUCCGCAUCUUGGUGGCCAAAGUCCGGGCACAUCAGGUGUCCCGUGGGGACACGAGGGUCAGGCUGGCCAGGUCGACGCUGACACUGAUCCCACUGCUGGGGGUGCACGAGGUGGCCUUCGCCCUG